CAUACUUUGUUUCCCCCCUUAUAUUUGUGUUUACACUUUCCCGCACAAGUGAUAAUUUUUAAAAUUAGGUGAUCUAUUUUUGACAAAUGGAUAUCGGAGAAUUGUUAUCUUAUAAGCCCCCAAAUACUCCAAAACGACCGACAGCCGGGGAGGAAGACGACGAAGAUGAAUGGGAGAGUGCGAAGAAGCCAAAGAGAGUGAUAAAGACACCGUACCAUGCACGUCAACGGCAACCCAAGGAACUUGAUGUGGUACCCUCUAGGAAUGAUGAACCUGCUACACCUGUCAGGGCUGCUUUGCCCUCACCAGCUAAUGAUGUUGUUGAACCACAAUUAACAGAAAAGGAGAAGCAAGACAUAUUGAAAUAUGUAGAAACUGAAGCACCUGAAGUCGAGGCAUUGGAUGAAGCAACGCUCAAACGUAUGAUUCUUUUAUUUGAGAAACGAGCUCUAAGAAAUCAAGAAAUGAGAGUCAAGUUUCCAGAUCAGCCAGAAAAAUUUAUGGAAUCUGAGGUUGAAUUGCAUGAGACUUUGCAAGAGCUUCAUAUUAUAGCAACCAAUCCAGAUCUAUAUCAGUUAAUGGUAGAGUUAGGCGCAGUACCUUCUCUACUUGAAUUGCUUUCUCAUGAAAAUACUGAUAUAGCAGUUGGUGUGGUAGAUCUUUUGCAGGAGUUGACCGAUGUAGAUAUAUUGCAUGAAAGUCAUGAAGGUGCAGACACACUUAUUGAUGCUUUAUUGGAGCAACAGGUUUGUGCUCUUUUGGUGCAAAAUCUUGAGAGGCUUGACGAAGCAGUGAAAGAAGAAAGUGAUGGCGUCUAUAACACACUUGCUAUUUUUGAAAAUCUUUUGGAGUUUAGACCAGAUCUAUGUGCAGAUGCAGGAAAGCAAGGUCUAAUGCAGUGGCUAUUGCGUCGAAUCAAAACGAAAACUCCUUUUGAUGCGAAUAAACUUUAUGCUAGUGAACUCCUGUCUAUACUUUUGCAACACACGCCAGAGAAUAGACUUCUUCUUGGUGAUUUAGAUGGAAUUGAUGUUUUGUUACAACAAUUAGCUUACUACAAAAGACAUGAUCCACAAACUGCGGAGGAACAGGAGAUGAUGGAAAAUUUAUUUAACGUCUUGUGCUCAAGCUUAAUGGCUACUGUAAAUCGUGACAGGUUCCUACGUGGAGAAGGUCUUCAACUUAUGAAUUUAAUGUUACGAGAGAAAAAAAUGUCACGAAACGGAUCUCUCAAAGUUUUAGAUCAUGCUAUGAACGGUCCAGAUGGAAAAGAUAAUUGCAGCAAGUUUGUAGAUAUUCUUGGAUUGCGAACUAUAUUUCCCUUGUUUAUGAAAACUCCAACAAAGAAUAGGAAAAAAAUGCUAACUGCUGAAGAGCAUGAAGAACAUGUGAUUUCAAUCAUAGCAAGCAUGUUGAAAAAUUGCAAAGGACAACAACGUCAAAGACUACUUAGUAAAUUUACGGAGAAUGAUUACGAGAAAGUGGAUCGAUUGAUGGAAUUACAUUUUAAGUAUCUUGAAAAGGUAGAGGAAGUGGAGAAAAAUGGGAAGGAGGAUGAGGACGAAGAAGAAUCUUACUUAAGAAGAUUAGACGGUGGAUUAUUUAUAUUACAAUUAGUAGAUUAUGUACUUUUAGAAGCUUGCACUGGCUGUCCGCCUGCAGUAAAGCAACGAGUGACAAGAAUUUUGGCGCAGAGAAGAGCAUCCCUUAAAACAAUUCGACACAUCAUGAGAGAAUAUGCUGGUAACUUAGGAGACGCUGGCGAUACAGAAUGGAAAGAAGCGGAGCAACAACAUAUCUUACAAUUAAUUGACAAAUUUUGA